GCGAAAAUCCACGAACUAAGACAUAGCUUUCUGCUUCCAGAUUUAUAUUAUUAACCUGUAUUAUAUCUAACAAAGCAAAAAAAAUCACAAACCAAAACCAUUCCUCCAUGCUAAUAUUCAAGUUUUUUUUGGUUUCCCCAUUACUUCCUUAAAUAAAGCAACUCCAUCUCUAUAAUAUCUUUGCUUUCUGAAACUACUUUGUUAAACUGAAUCACUCUAGCAUGACCGAUUCUGCAAGGAAUAAUUUAUUCGAGGACCUUGUCGGGUCUUUUCUGUACUGCGAAGGAACAAAAUUGGUUUUUGAAUCAUUCUUCGGGAAGGCCUGUUCUUUUUCAAAUAAUGACGUUCUCUUGGCUAUCGACUUUAUAAUUACAGAUGUUUCACCGGCAGUGUUAGGCACUAACAUUGGUCAAACAAAUAUACCGUUAGUAAAGAGCGCAUGGAUUCAUUCUUGUGUACAGCAGGGAAAAAUUGUUGAUAUACGUCCAUUUUUAUGGCGUUCAUGUUUUACCUUUUUUGGCUUAGAACUCGUGUUUGAUGGCGUAUUUCCUGGAGACAUGGAAGUCAUUGAGCUCUUAGUCUCGCAGUUUCAUGGUCGAAUCGCAUCUUCCAUUUCAUCAUCAACAACCCAUUUUGUUACGUACAGUAAAGAAAGUAUUUCCUCCUAUAUGCACAAGAAGAAACAUAAUUACAAAGUGAUGAUAGUUACUCCGGAGUGGAUGUACCACUCGUUGGCCUGCUUUGAAAUACGUGAUGAAAGCAUGUAUAAAUUACCAUUGCGUGAGACCCUUCCUACUUAUGAAGAUUUGCUUAAUACACGACCAUCUUGUUUUCGCGAUUUGUCUAUAUGCUUUGGAAAGGCUGCCAGUUCUUCGGAGGAGUUUAAACUCGCAUUACUAACUCUAUGUGACAAUUUUGGUUUAUCGGUUAAAAAAAAUUGGGAGGAUGCUCAUGUAUAUAUUUGUCAUCAUCGGUAUGGGAAAGAGUAUUAUCGUGCUUUGCGCGUAAAGAAAACCGUUGCAAGUUUCUACUGGCUGUUGCGUGUAUUUCAGACUGAAACAUGGAUUCAGCCAUUAUGCAAUCCUCUUUAUCUUCCUCGAGUUUUUGGCGGCAUUAAUAAAUUAAAGGAUAUGGAAAUUAGUUGCACAGGAUUUUCUCGAAGGAAACGUGAUUUUCUAGCCUACUUGAUUUCCUGUUCUGGAGCAACUUUUCAGAAAACCUUACGAAAAUCGACUAAUAUUUUGCUGGCCCAAAACACAAGUAGUAGCAAAUAUCUUGCUGCUAUGGAUUGGGGUAUUACUGUUGUUAAUCAUGAAUGGAUUCAAGAUGCAUAUAGAGAACUUACCGUUCCCGAGGCAGAUGAGCCAAAAUAUUCUGUUCAAGAUGGGGCUGACUUUAAAAUACAACCAAUUCCUUAUUCUGUAUUCUAUGACAUGGAAACUUCUCGUCUUGAUUACUGGGGAAAUAGACCGAGCUUUUCUCCACAGAAAUUGUUACGAGAAUUGCAAGCAUCGUCUUCUCUCGUUGUUGCAAUUGUUACAGGUUACACUUCUCCGUUUUCCAAAGAUUUUCUCCAAAGGCUGAGGAAGCUUGGCAUCAUGAUCGUUGAUGAUUACCUACAAUGCACUCACCUUAUAGCACCAAAAAUCGUAAAAACCAAAAAGUUUUUGUGUGCACUUCCCUAUGCGAAAUACAUCCUUCAGUUAUCUUGGCUCUUUGCAUGUGUUGAUGCGAAUAAGAAACUUGCUGAAGAGGAUUUCGUGUUAACGGAACCUUUAGCAUACAGCAAUGUUACCAUAUCUAUGGAGGAGACACUGACUGCUAAAUCUAAUCUAAAACAUAGGUUUCUUCACGACACCGUCGUUCUAAUACUUCCAUCAGUCAUUCCUCCAAAGAAAAUCGACAUCGUGAAAGAGGUCAUUCAAGCCAACGACGGAAUUGUUACAACAGACAGAGAAACAUUCAAUUCAAUGUUCACCCACACCAGGGUAGAAAUUGUGAAGAAAACCGCUGAUCACACAAUAGCCUCGCCAAAUAUCACGUACUCUACAUAUGACAACUUCAUAGCAUCCGUUCUUAGACAGUCUUUAACGCCUGCAAGCGAUCCAUCCAAGUGAUCAUUAUUUAAUAAUAAAAACAGCUCUAAUUAGUUGCUAAAGAAAGAGUAUAAUGGGUGAUCUUUGCAAAAGAAUGAAAUUCUUAACGCUAAAAUUCAGUAGCUGUUAUGCAUUACAAAGAACAAA